AAUAUUGUCCUGUCAGGUGGGAGCUCUAUGUUCAAGAAUCUUGAUCGACGUAUUCAACAGGACAUUAAGCGAAUAGUGGACAAUCGUUUAAGAAUCACAGAAGAACUCUCGGGUGGACGAAUUAAGCCUACACCAAUUGACGUCCGAGUCGUUUCACAUCCACACCAACGUUACGCCGUCUGGUUUGGUGGCUCUCUACUUGCCUCAACGGUAGCCAAGUAA